AUGUCUACUGACCCUGCCCUGUUGGACCCCACAUUGGCCCGUAAGCUGCGCUCUAACCGGGAAGUGGCUCUCUCCAGCCUGGAGCAGGUCAUCUCCAAAUACGCCCUGAAGCAGGACGACACGGAGGAGGUGGAAAGGAGGAAACGGCUAGAGAGAGACAGGCAAAAGAAAGAGGGUCAGUCAUCGGAGCAGGCCACCACAGCCGAUGACAAUCCCCUGAUGAAGGGAGAGGAGGAGGUUGAGGAACAAGCUGAGGAAGAGGAUGAUGAAGACGACGAGUCGUCUGAUCCAGACAUCGAGGAGGAGAUCCAGGCCAGCAAAGCACAAGCAGGGCCAGAGGAGGAGGAGGACAACAAUGAGGUAGAGGCAGCCAACAAGAGUGAAACCGAGGUGGAUAGGGGGAGUGACGGAGACCAGGACGGAGGAGAGGAAGAAGAGAACACUGAGGAGGACAAAGACUCUGUGACGAGAGGAACCAGCCCCGUCUCCCGGGGUGAUGCCCCACGGAUCUCCUCCUUAGUCGACGAAUCCCCCACAGACAGCCCCAGCCAAUCAGAGGCGAUGGAGGCAGACAAGGGGAACGAAUCAUCUGAUACCAACCUCCCAAAGGAGGACGUUGUUUCCUCCAAUCACGUUUUGGCUGUGUCUGUAAGCACUAGUGUGGAAACUAAGGACUCCUCAGCCUCCCCCAUGGCGACGAAUCAGGUCUCUUUGCCUCCAUCACCUGUGCUGAUUUCGACCAAUGAGGACUCGUGCACGGUCAUCAUUGAGACGAGGUCAGCAAAUUGCAGCCCCCGGCCACCCAGUACCAAAGACACCUCCAGAGGCAGGAAGAGAAGGAGGAAAGAAUCCAGGAAGUCUCACAACGGGGAUUUAAGGUACCACAAUGGGAGUGAGAGUGACAUCCCUCUGGACAUGGGUGUGGUGACCAGUAGCCCCUUGCAGGCAGACUCCACCAGGGCUGACACUCCCACCCAGGAGAUGGUCACCAGUUCCCAGUCCACCCCGCCUCCCAAGAAAAACAAGGUCAACGUGGCCACCCAGUGUGACCCGGACGAAGUGAUCGUCCUAUCAGACUCGGAAUAACCUCUGCCCCCACCGUACUGGGUGUUCACGCUUCCCAUUACUAGUCUGAAACCAGGUCUGUUUAUGCUACACAAACAGAUCUGAGACCAGGCUAUCCAACUUGACUUCCAAACUAGUGCCUGCUAAUGUGAACUCUUGAAAGUGUACGCAUUUUCAGACGGGAGGGUAAACCUUUCAUUACAGAUUGAAACUGGCGAUGGACGUGGUAGUUUACCGCCAAUGUUUACAUUCUAUAUUUAUAUGCCAAUUUUUGCCCAGUGUCUGGAUUGUGCGGGAAGGGAGCAGCAUCGCGUCAGGUUAUUUUUGUAUUUUAGCUGUAAAAAUGAGUUCAAUUAGAUAUUAUUUUUCCAGUUUUCUUUGUUUGUCAAUUAUUUUGGAUGGGUGAAUGGAUGUGUGUUAGUAUGCUAGAAUGCUGGCAAUAGAAGAUGAACCAGUUGAACACAGGAGUACUGUAUCUUAGAUGUAUACAGGGCCAAUACAGGAUCUAUCCAUCAACUUUGUCAGUGCAAUCAUGGAUCAUUUAUUGUAUGGUUGGUGUUGCUGUGUCCACAUAGUGCAACCUAAUGGCCUGAACACUGCUAUUUCGCCCAAGUAAUAUGCAAGCGCAACUUGAUGGCAGACUGGCCAUCAGUUUAAUUGUGUUCAAGAUGCCAAACAAAUGCAAUUGAGUAGAUGCAUUGAUCUAAAUAGCCAGGUACAGCUUUGCAUUAAUGUGAAAUGUAGAGCAGUGUCCUACUUUAUGCAGGCAUAACUCCCUGAAGAAAUGUUCACAUUGACUUUACAUAAAUAGGUGUGUUCAGGCUGAUGGGCAUUGUUGUCCAUCUCAGCAUGUAGUAAGUAAGCAGGUGUUUGGGUUGGUUUGCAUCAAACUUGUUCAUAACUCCUCUUGCUUGAGACUGCAAACAGUGGUAAUGAUUAAUCAAACUCAAUAUUUUUCAAACCUCCCCAAGACGCUUUGAUUGGAUUCCCUUGUUUUUAACCAAUUCAAUAAGAUUACAGGGGAAGACCGCUUAAUUGUUAUCCAAUUUUCCUUUUAGUACACUGAGAAGCAAAGGGCACAUUUCCUUUUAAAUAAACUUUGAUAAUAACAAA